AUGUUCAACGCCUCCCCUACAACCGCCGCGCGCCCGCUCUCGACGCGCGUGACGACGGAAAUCACGGACCACGUGGCCGUCGUGACGCUGGCGCGCCCGAAGAAGAUGAACGCCCUCGACAUGGACAUGUUCCGCGCCGUGCGCGACGCCGCGCUGGCGCUCCGCGAGAACGCGGACGUGCGCUGCGUCGUCGUCCACGGCGAGGGCCGCGCGUUCUGCGCGGGGCUCGACGUCAAGUCCGUCAUGAGCCCCCUGGACGCGUCCGCGAAUACGGCCGAAUUACUCGAGCGAAAGGACGGCGCCGUCGCGAACCUCGCGCAGGAGGUGUCCUACCUCUGGCGCACCGUGCCCUGCCCCGUCAUCGCCGCCGUCCACGGCGUCUGCAUCGGCGGCGGCUUCCAGAUCGCGCUGGGCGCGGACGUCCGCGUCGCCGCGGCGGAGACGAAGUUCAGUGUCAUGGAGGCCAAGUGGGGCCUCAUCCCGGACAUGGGCGCGACGCUCGCGCUCCGCGAGCUCGUGCCCCGCGACGUCGCCAUCGAGCUCACGACGACGGGCCGCAUCUUCCGCGCGGAGGAGGCGAAGGCGCUCGGUCUGGUCACGCGCGUCGUCCCGGACGGCGAGCACCUCGCGAGCGCGCUGGCCACGGCGAAGCAGAUCGCCGCGGGCUCGCCCGACGCCGCCGCGGCGGCGAAG